AUGUCCGUCCCAGAGCUUCAGGAGUUGCCAGCCCCUCACGGGGAGCUGAUCAACUACAUCCACAACCACCCGGAGAAGAAGAUGGUCGAGAUCUUGGAGCCUUACCGCAAGUAUGAAGCCCAGCUUCGAUCCGUCUUCGCCCAGGACCGCAAAAAUCCCGCCCUCAGCGACCCGCACAUUAACCUCUUGCCCCUCUUCACUGAGGAUACUAAGAACAUCAAGACUCGCGCUCGAUUCCUGGCCGCCGAGACUCAGGAGGAGAAAGACCGCUAUAUCAUGGCCCUCCCAGACAACAAGCGCCGUGCCAACGGUUCCCCUGCUGUGGUCUCCGGCAUCAAGGAGUUCCAGAAGAACUUUAACGUCUUCUCUGAGUCGGCCCUCGUUGACAUGAACUGGGAUAACGUCGUUGCUGCCGGAUCAUCAGUCAUCAACACCCUUCUGCCAGUUCCGUCCGAGUUCAACACCUCCAAACGCAAACUUCGCGGAUACUACCAUGAGAAGUUCUGCCCAGCGUCUGACGUUGAUCUGUUUUUGUACGGUCUUACCCACGAGGAGGCCAUCGAGAAGAUCAAGGACAUUGAGACUUCGGUCCGCGAUGCCAUCCUGAAUGAGGUCACGGUCGUACGCACGAAAUAUGCCAUUACCAUUGCUUCUCAGUACCCUACCCGCCACAUCCAGAUUGUCCUGCGUGUAUACAAGUCUGUGGGGGAAAUCCUCACCGGGUUUGAUAUUGACGCAGCGGGUGGCGCCUAUGACGGGAAGCAGGUCUGGGUCACACCCAGAGCUCUGGGAAGUUUCAUCACCCAAGUUAAUCAAAUCGACCUCACUCGCCGAAGUCCUUCCUACGAGAACCGCCUUUCCAAGUACAGUCACCGUAACUUCGAAAUCUACUGGCCAGAGCUUGAGCGUAGCCGUAUCGAUCCCACCAUCUUCGAACGCAGCUUCCAGAGAACGCUCGGUCUUGCAAGGCUUUUAGUCCUUGAACGACUUCCCACGCAGUCUGUCCGGGAUACGUACCUCAACAACAGAAGAGCAGAGAGAGGCCGUCCGGCAACGAACCGCUUCAAUCCCCACCGCUUGUAUGGAAACAUCAAAGACAACUAUGAGGACGAAGUUGCGGAUUGGGUUGACGAGAAUGAUGUCUCCAACUACCAUACCUUCACUGUUCCCUACGUUCUGAACGCCGAGUGGAACCAGCCGGAGCAGAGAGAGGUGUAUCUCCACCGGCAUCCCGCAUUCUUCGGUCGCGUCGAAGACGUCAUUGAGGACUGCUGCGGCUGCUGCCCAAAGCCUGUUACACCCGAAGAGGUCGAGGCGGACGAGAAGGAGGGCGAGAUCUACAUCUCCGGCAAGGUUUCCUUCCUGAUUGACGACCCUGGCCGUCAACAGAUUGGAUCCUUCAACCCCCUGACCGAGGAUGACUGGACCGACAUGGCAUACGUCGGAAACACUGCUCGCCUGUGCCAGAGCAUUGUCGAUGGCGAUGUCGAUGAGGUUCACGACUGGCUGUCCCAGGAGGGCGCUGAUCCUAACAAGCGAGACUACACUGGACGCACGCCUCUUCAUCUGGCGGUGAUCAGCUCCACACCCGAAGUCGUGCGCUGUCUCGUCGACCAUGGGUCUCGUCUGACUGCCCGCCUUGCCGACGGCAGGACGGCGCUGCAUCUCGCAGCCGAGCGCGGGAAUUCCGACAUGAUCAAGAUCCUAAUGGACAAGAGCGUUACCAACGAGGAAGAGGAAGAGGAAAAGGCUGAUCGCCGCCGCAAAGCAAUCCAGACUAAGUUACAGGAGGGUUCUGCCUCUCGGGCGAUACAUAAGCAAGACGACGAAGACAUGGAUGCAGAGGACGAUGACAAGUCGGAUGAAGCUUCCGAUAUUGAGAUGGUAGACGCGGGCAACACCGAGGCAGAUGCAACCUCGAUUGCCACUGGGUCGUUCGUCAAUGUCAAGAACGACAACGAGAAGAGUAAGGAAGAUCUUGUCCUGGAAGAGUCGACCGAUGAACCCGACUUCUACAAGAUCGAUGUCGUGGCUUGGGACGUGCCCUGCUCGCCUCUCCACCUUGCCAUUUCCGAAGGACAUGAGGAUGCUGUCAAGGUUCUUUGCGAUUACGGCAGCGAUGCCCUUCUCCCCGUCAAAUUCCUCGACUCAGACAAGCAGCCUACAGCGGCUAUCUUGACGCUGGUACUUGCGCUAUCGCUUCCUAUUGAAAAGGCCAAGUCAAUGGCCAUUCUCUUGAUGAAGCUUGGCGCCAGCUCAUCCCAAGCUGACAUGAAUGGUUGCACCGCUUUCCAUCGGUACGUCAAGAAUGGCAACCAGGAAAUGGUUGACACAUUGUGGGAGAACGACAAAGUUGGCCUCAAGACUGCUCUCAACCACAUGGUCUUUGGCAGCAACCACUGGAAUCCCGUAGCAAUUGCGCCUAUUCAUACCGCGAUUGAGAACAGUGAUUCGAUUCUUGUUCUCAAGUUACUCGAGGCUGGCGCCAACCCCCAAAUCGAGUUUGAUACGUGGUUGAAGGCAGCCAGGUUUUCCAAGGCAUCCGACAGGCUUGGUUCAUACGAGGAGAACAAGAGUCAGUUCAAAUUCAACACCGAGCAGCCCUUGAUUAUGGCUAUCCAGAGUUGCUCUGAGCCUGAAGUGGCCCUAAACCUGAUUGAAAAGGGGGCGGAUCCUAACACACUCACAACGAACUCUUAUCGCGCGAUCGCGUUUGAGCACCAUCGGUCGUGCUACCAGGGUCAAACAGCCCUUGAUCUUGUCCGGCACCAGCUGGAACAGCUUCAACUCUACAAGGGUGAGAAGUUUACAGCAUCAAAGCCAGAAUUACCUUUAGGGAUGGACGAGUUUCUUCAAAAUUACGAAGAAGGGUCUUACCAACACUGGCAGGUGUCGGAAAAUAUCCACUGGCGUAAGAUCAACUACAAGAGGCAGCAAGAAAGUUACGAAGAGGCAAAGAAGAAGCACGACGAGCUCAAAGGCGCUACCGAGAAGAUGGAAGCCAUCAAGGAACUCAUUACGUCCCUUGAGAAGCUGGAGAAGACCAUCGUCGCGAAAGGAGGCAAGACAUUCCAAGAUUUGUACCCUGAUAUCAAGUUUUCCGACAUAAACACCUCGAACAGCCAUGCAUCAGAGCAGAAAAAGUCUCACGACUACGGCUAUGUAUUCUCCUUCCGAGGUGUCACUGAUAUCACUGAUGUUAGGAAUUCUGCUUACUUGGAGCUCUUCGAGGCUGCUUGGUCCGGCGACGCCGAGAAGAUCAAAUCGUUGACACUUCAGGCUUGGGGCAAAGACCCGAAGGAGCCGCCGCUGAAGAUAGCCGUGAGCGACAGUAAAGAUAACACGCCGUUCUCGUUGGCUUACCUCAGAGGUCACCACGACGUUGCCUCGGCCAUCCUGGAGAUUGUAAUGGCCCAGUACUCACCUGAGGAUCAGGAGGCGACACGAUACAAAUUGGACAAUGGCCACUCCGACGAUGAAGAAGACGACGAGACGUACGAGAGCGAUGCUGACUCCAUCGACGACCCCAAGAUCAUCUCUGAAAUCGUCGACAAGAAGUUCACGAUCGAGAACAUAGGCCAGGUUUCAAUGCAAGUCAAGUCUACCGUCAAGCCCUUGGAGUUCCUGGCCUGGAAUGUCCACACCUUCAAAGUUGAGGACGGCAAGGCCAGGAGUUGUAAGGAAUCUAACCAGACCUUGUUCAAGUUCGUUCUGCAACAAGAUGAUCAUGCUGGGCUGAAGACGCUUCUUGAUAUGGCUAGCCAUUUUGCUGGCCAGAAGCUUGUCGACGGAGUGCCCGAUGAGGAGGAGACGGGUGGGCGGUUCUCUUUCCCUGAGAGCGACUUUGUUUGGGCUGUCCACAACGGGAAGACUGCAGCUCUUGCGGAGAUCAUCAGUCGAACUGGUGCUGGAAUCCCGCUCGACGACUUGGUUAAGAAGAGCGGCGUUGAGAUGAAGCGGAAGCCUAAGUACUACCAGGGUCUUACGGUCUACGGCAAGAAGAGAAAGGACUGGGCGACGGCGGGACGAAACACGGUGGUUCGGUCCACCGGAGUGAAGACACCGCCCCUUCUUCACGCUGCCUAUGCGGGUAACAUCGAGAGUGUGGAAUGGUUCCUCGGCGAUGCCCCUCACCGGCACUACUUGGAGUUUGGGAAGUCGAAAACGGCGCGCGACGACCCGAGGCUAAAGCACCUCAGCCAAGCCCCUGGCGGCUUCGACCGAGCCAUCUCCAAAUGGCUGGGCAUCCAAAAUGAGCUUGUUCUCCAUUGUGCUGUCAUGGGUCCCCCAACAGAAAAGACCAACGAUGUCAUCAAGUAUCUCGUCCAGGCGUGCCCCAAUUCCCUCGAAUACAAGUCGACUCUUGGGGACACGCCCCUCUGGCUGGCCUUCUACUUCGGUAGACUCGAGUUCGCAAAGACCCUUAUUAAGGCCGGAGCAAACCAGAUGACACGCAACAACUCUGGGGAGAACAUAAUACACGCCGCGCUGCAGGGAAUGCCGAAAGCCUGUCGCCUUGGCCCUCUCCUGGACCUCGUUGACUCCGGCAUCAUCAAACACCUGUGCCAGCAGCGCAACAAUAUCCACGAAAGCGGGACGACGCCGUUGCAUUCAUGGAUUACUGCGGUCUGCAUGUCGGGGAACAACUACUCGAGGAAGAAGUACGGCAACAAUAAGCAGAUCCUUGACAUAUUAGACUUGCUUCUCAAGUUCUCCCAGGGCACCGAACUCGAGAUGCUUAACGGCGCAGGCGACACGCCCCUCCAUACUGCCGUCAUGCACAGCGACAAGGUCAUGACUGAGGCUCUUGCCCGAUACAAGCCUAAGCUGCUCUACCGUGAGAAUGCCGUCGGUCGCACGCCUGCGGAGGUUGCCCGCGAGAACUUCACCAGCGAAAAGUUUACCGCGCCGAGCCUCAUGAUGCUCAACAACAGCAACAACUACAACAACUACUACAACAAAUACAGCAGCGCUAUCUCCGCCUACGUCGACAAGUCCACCGAAUCCUUUGUCAAGAAGGACGACGAUGGGAAGGAUGACCAGAUUGACUCGGCCAAGCUGUCUGAGAAACAAAAAGUCUGGGAAGGCGUCCGCGGUGUCCUCGACCGGCACCCGGACAGGCGCCGCCUCGUCUCCCUCAACGAGGCCAACGACGUCGCAAAGCGGCUGGGCGAAAAGUACAGCGCGGCUCGCUAUUUCAGCAUUACGGCGCGGCAGGACGAGGACGCGGACCCGGAGGAGAAGGAUGCCGGUAAGAAAGACAAGGAGGACUUUGCGUCCAGAACGCGGACGGGCGACACCUGGCGCGCGUGGUCAUUCCCGGAGGACAAGAGCAAAGAUGAGUGUCCUGGCUGUGGCGAGAGGCACGACUGA